AUGAAGCGUGAUAUUUUGUACAGCUUUCUGAAUAGACGCGUUGAUGUGAUGCUUCAUCGCGGGAUGCUAGAUGAGGUCAAGGCGUUUUGGCUAAAAAGUGGCGGGAAGCUUCCGCGUAAUAGUCUCUCCGAGGCGAUUGGCUGCAAAGAGUUUUCCCAGUUUUUUUCUAGCAGUAACCCGCUACUGAUCACGAGUAGUGAUUGUGAAAAAGCAGUUGCGCAAAUUAGGUCGAAUACUCGCCGAUAUGCCCGACAACAGGAGCGAUGGAUUCAAAACCGCCUUCUUCCACUUUUGCAUUCAUCUCCCUUAAAAGACUCCCCGACGCACUUUGUGUUGCUAUGGGUGCAGGACGGCGUGGACACUUUGACUUCUGUUCAACAGACUUUGGAUGCUCUUCUAAGGCCAUCAGCAGAAAAACCUCUCGCAGAACCGCUGUUUCCAUUAAAGCAGCAGCUGGCCUCUCGAGAGCCAGUUUCCCAAGAGCAGUGUGAAGUAUGCAAGAUCCUGGUCUACGGUCGCGGUCAGAUGGCGGCACAUCUCAAGUCGAAGCGCCACCGAGGUUCUCUAAGACGCUUGGCGCUGGAAAGGAGUCACAGAGAGAAGUACGGGUUUGAACUGCCUCCGCCAAAGAGGAAGCGGGGUAGUUGA